UUUGGGUCUUAGGUAUAUCUCUUGGACAUGAGAUGGUCAUUUAUAGUUGUUUGAUCUUCAUCUAAUUUUGUUUUUGCCAUCUAAUUUUGUUUUUGCCUCUUAGUAGUGUAGCUUUUAUUUUUCACAUUUUAAGUGUGGGUUGUAAACUUGUGGUAUGUAAAAUAAUUUUCUAAAGCUAUACAUCUCAGAAGAUUAUUGAGUGGACAUAAAUAGUUUUCUCUUUCCCUACACUUUUCCUUGUUUUACAAGUGAAAGUUUACAGAUUACAAAGCAUGUUUGUACAGUGAUACUUUGGUUUACGAGUGCCUUAGUUUAUGAGCAUUUUGAUAUACGAGCAAAAAAAAAUCACUAAAAAUGCCUUGGUUAAUGAGCAGUGACUUGAUGUACGAGCAUCCUGUUUUUAUAAGUCAAAGAUGCAAGUGUGGGCUCUCUUUGUUCUCCGCAAGAUGAGAGCGCUUAGAGCGGAAAAUAAAGGGAUUGGGGUCUCAAGCUGGUGUCAUACUGGGCCUUUUUCCUCCAACUGCAUUGGCAGUAGGCGCAACUGGCAAAUCCAACUUUUCUGGAUGUGCGUCACACAUGACUAAGGUCAGUUGCCUGUAUCCACAAUGUAAGCAAACCAGUCCCCCCAUAUCCACAUGGCGCCAUUUGCAAAAGUAAAAGCUGUUGUGUCUUGUGCUGCUGUUACUCAAAUUAUGGAUGUGUUGCUACAAUUAAAUGGAAAGAAGAAGCAGUUGUGGGCAUGAUCAUGGCUUCAAAGACAGGAGGACAGGAGUGUUUACCCAAACCAACAACCCGCUCCCGGUUGGGCGUACAGGCAACCACUGUUGCUCCUAGCUCCAGCAGUUGGGGGAAAAUGCCCAUUGUGACACUGCCUUCAGUCCGCAAUAUACACUUGCAGAGGUAGCACCCAUGUGCUUGGGUCUGCUUACAUUUGUGCUCUAGUGUGUGAUCUUUGUGUUUUCAGCACUAUAUUAUUACUAUAUUAUUUAUAUGUUAUACUAUAUUAUUUAUAUUACUAUACUGUAUUAUUUAUAUUAAUUUUCAUUGCUAUUUGUUAGUAAAAUUACUUUUAUUCUGUCUAAAGUAACAUUUAAAAUGAUUUUUAUGUUAAUAUUUUGGGGGAUAUGGGAUGCAUUAAUGGGAUUCACAUUAAUUUAAAAGGGGAAAUUCAUUUUGGUUUGCGAGCAAAAUUCCAAAACGAAUUAAACUCGUAAACCGAGGUAUGACUGUAUACCUUAUUGGUUGUUGGGGUGAGGAUACAACUCGCAUCUAUGUUUCUGUUUUUGAACACCUUUCACAAUAUAAUUGAUGUAAGUAGUGAAAACAUUGUGAGGCAAUAGUGUAAGUGAUGUCCUUAAAAAAAACUUGUGUUGUUGUAUUCCCUAUCUGGAUAAAAGAGAUUUUGUUGUCUUGAAGUAAAUAGAAGUUAAGGUAACCCACCUCCCAUGACAAUUGGAUACUCAUGUCUUGUCAUGUGGAAGAUUACUUAAGUAUGGCACACAAAAAGAAUAAUAAGUCAGUAAACAUAAUAAAAGUUUGCACUGAAUGUGACUCAUCAAGCUGUCCCCUGUAGUGCCAUUCAGGGCCAUGCUGUGCUCCCUAUAUCAGUGAAGUGUGUCAUAGAGUGUAAUCUCUCUUUACGGAGCUGAUAAGACAGGAUGAAUAGAUGGUCAAGGUGUCAGUCUUGUAAACAGUGAUCUAGAUGGUCCGGCUUUCUGACAGUUUGGUUAGGAAUUCUUAGUUUGUAAGAGUGUAUGAUGGUAGCUACUCAUGGGUGGCGGGGAGGUGACCCCAAGAACAUGCUCAUCGUUCCCACAGAAACAGUCAUUCGUGUCGCUGCCUCUCAUGAUACCACAGUCUUUGUGACAACGGGUGGUAGGCUGUACAUUGGCCAGUACACAGGCCAUGAGCGUGGCAACCUGAAGCAGGUGGAGCUGGGCAGCCGGUGUGUGCGGGAUGCAGCAGUCUAUCGGGGUCAGGUAGUGUUUGUUACGGAUGCCGGAGAGGUCUUCACUCGGGAUCUGGCAGGGGGAGAGGUUCGGCCAUUGUCAAUACUGGAGCCCAAAAAGACCUGCACCCACGGCCAAGAGGAGAAGGGCAGGAAGGUGCGGGUGCGGGCAGUGGCAGCUGGUGCUGACCACAUCCUCUUCCUCAGUGCUCAAGAUGAAAUAUGGGUUCAGGGCUGUGGCCCAGCUCUUGGGUUGUUCACCAACAAGACUGAAAAUGAAAUCACCAACCCUGUGCGCGUUGACUUUUUCAAGGGGCGACGGGUGCUGCAAGUGGAGGCUGGGGCCUACUUCACUGUGGCCCUUGUGGAAGCUUUGCCCCCUGUCCACUCUGACCCCUCAGCUGAGACUGACCCCAUGCCUGACUAUGACUCCUUUGUAAGGUCAUGUGAGCAGUGCCGUCGGGAGACAGGGGAUCGGGUUUGCUAUGAGGAGGCUGAGGACAGGUUUGAAAAAUGUCCGCUUGGCCUAGCAGUAAGAAAAGAUUAUGGCAGCCAUGACCCACGUUCAGACCUUCUCUCUCCAGCCCCGAGCAGCAUCAACAUGGACGGUCGCUCCUCCAGGAACAGUGCCUUCCACGAAGAUGGCGAGUCAUCUGACUGUGUAGCAGAUGAUCUUGACCCAACCUCAGGAGAGGCAUCCUGCAAUGGCACAGCCCUCAAUACUCCAGUUGAGUCCCAUUCUGGUAUAGAGUUGAAGGAAAUUGCUCGCCAACACAAGCAGAGCAUUGGUAGUGACUUUGAGGUGGUGGAGUGUGGAGAAGAUGAGGCAGAUGGUGACAGUGGACGUAAGGGAAGCACUGGGGGUGGCAGCAGCAGCCUCUUCAUCAAUGCAGAUGCAGCCAGGCAGUUCAUCUCCCGCCAGUUGUCCUGGAUGACUACUAAUGCAGACCCCAGUGAGUGUGGUGCACCGGACACUGACCGUAUCAACAAAUAUCACAUUGAUAGUGCCACAGAACUCAUCAGAGAAAAUGUGGCAAGUGCCGCCAACAGUGCUGCAAGCCUAGUAGCCACAGGGGUGCGGACCGUAAGUGACAAGGUGGGGCAGUUGUCGAGGCAUUUCAGUAGUAGUGAGUGUGCAGACGGAGAACUUCCAGACCUCACCCCAGAAUCUGAUCCAUUCGCCUUAGAAUCUUUAUAUGCCAAAACCCCCACUCCAAAGAUGAGUAAAAGUGAUUCUUAUGAGUGCAACAGUCUUCCACGCCGCCUAUCGGAUGAGCUUGCACGUAAAAAGACUCAUUCACGUACAGCAUCAGGUGGUCUCAGUUUCCCCAAGAUCAAUAGGGAUGGAAUGUUAUCAGUGGAAAAAGGCCCAGAGCAGGUAGCCAAGAACACCUGUCUUAUCAUUGAUGGGGGGUGCCAUAUCCUUAACACAGAGGUAUGGGCAUGGGGGUCUGCCAGCAAAGGUCAGCUGGGCCUAGGUGACCUAAGCCAUCGCUCAACACCAACUUGUAUCACAUCGCUCAACCACAUGGGAGUGACCAAGGUGGUGUGUGGCACCCACCAUACAGCUGCCCUCACCAUUGACGGCCAGGUUUAUAUAUGGAACCACAAAGAUACUAGAGAUGAUGUUGCUGUGAUCACAGUGGAUCCAAAGCCCCAUAAGUCAUCACAGUGGAAGGUUUGGGUGUGGGGUGACAACUCUGGGGGACAAGGAGGUCCUAAUGCUGCCACCACCACCACAACCACCACAACCACCACAUCCACCACAUCCACCAAUGCUCCUUCCCCUAGCAAGUCUCCCAGCAAGUCCCCCAACAAGUUGAGCAUCUCAGGAUCCUCGAUCACAAGUCCAAGAAGACUGGAGGUGCCUGAGGAGCAGUGUGGUGGACUGAUGAGGGAUUUGGCCUCAGGAGACAACUACCUCAUUGUCAUCACAGUGGAUGGCCUCACUUACUAUGUGGGCAAGCUCAGGGCAGAGGAAGAGGCCAAAGUUCAGCAGAUUCCUGUAGGUGAUGCCACAAUGCACUGCCGGUCAGUGUUGUGUCAGUGUGAUAGUGUUGUCUGCACCACAGAUGAGAUGCACCCACAGGUAGUAAAGUUUGUGAAGAGUGAGACUGCUUACCUAAGUCUGUUGAAGGCUGUGGUGCAUCAUGUAGUGAGGCCCUUCCUGGCCACCUCUUCCUCCAGCACCAAGAUUGCCACCUCCUCUUCUGCGUCUUCACAGAAGGAUGCAAGCACCUCAUCCUCUGGGGCAGGCAGUGUAGUUUCAGACAAUAGCCAGAUGCAGCAUACUAAGCUACAACUACUAGAGGCCUACCUGGAUGUGACUCAGGCAGUGGCCAGCAGCCUCAGUGACUUGCUGGAUGACCAGGCCACAGACGUCACUGCUGCCAUCCCCAUCAUACGACAGGUUGAGGAGCACAAGUCCAUUUACCAACGAUAUAUGAAACUGGUGUGUGAUGCUAUAGCCAUGAGUGGCCUCAACCUCACUAGUAAGGAUGCUACCACCACCUUGGAGAAGUGCCAGUCUGUGUUUGCCACCAUGGUGCCCGAGGAGAAGCAGCGCAGCCCCAGUGACCUCUUUUCUUACCUUAUCCUCAGGCCACUACAGCACAUACAUGACUAUGAGAGCUUUCUGAAGGACAUGAAGACUGAUGGAGAGAAUUACUACUCCCCAUUUACUCUUGAUAAGAUCAAGGUUGCUUAUGCUCACUGGAAGCAACUUUCUGUUGCUGCACACAAUAACCAGGUUGAGGCUGAGGACACAAAGAAUUUUUGGGAGACAUGCAGCCAAAAGAUGGCAGAGGCCUUGCGCACCCCAUCCAGAAGAUUACUGCGAGAGUCCAGGACACAUCCUAUUCACGUUCAUAAUGCCGGUCGGUUCUCAUCUCACUCCUUUGUACUGUUGACAGACAUCUUGGUGCAUCUCCAGUACUCAAACUUUACCACCUACAGCCUCAACACUAUGUGGGUAGAGACAGUCUCCAAUGUCCCAAAUGUGCAGAAUGGUAUCUGCAUCACUCUGCCUGAAGAGACUCUCACCCUCACUUGCCCCUCAAGUGGAGAUAAAAAUCAGUGGAUGUAUGCACUGCAGGAGGGGAUCAAGAGGGCAGUAGAUAAGUCUGAAAACUCAUCUGGGACAACAAUAGCAUUACCCAGGUCUCCACCACUUGUUCGGAACUCCUCCUACACCUUCUCCAAGAACCCUAUGUAUAAAGAUGCAACGUACUCAGGCCAGUGGGUGUGUGGAAAACUUCAUGGAGAGGGAACUAUGGUGUGGGUAGAUGGCCGCCGCUACAAGGGACAGUUCCGGCAGAAUGUGUACCAUGGCUCAGGGCGGCUUGAGGUACCCUCAGGGGUAAAUAUCACUGUGUAUGAAGGCACCUGGAAGAAUGGGAAGUUGGAGGGCAAAGGGGUUAUCAGAUAUGCCAACAAGGAUGUAUACAUUGGCAACCUGCGGGAGAGUCAGCCUCAUGGCCAUGGGGAGCUAAAGAAGGGCCAAUUCAGCUCCCAGGCAGCCUGCAUCUACACAGGAGAGUGGAGCAAUGGCGUCAAGAAUGGCUAUGGUGUCCUUGAUGACAUAGCAAAAGGGGAGAAGUACCUGGGUAUGUGGCAGAAUAAUGCUCGGCAUGGGCCAGGCAUGGUUGUUACUAUGAAUGGGGUCUACUAUGAAGGCAAUUUCCACCAAAACAAACUGACUGGUUAUGGUUUGAUGAUGUUUGAAGACAAGACUUACUAUGAGGGAGAGUUGGGUAUAGGAGGAACCUUUGCUGGGAAGGGCAGCUUGCACUACCCUAGUGGGGACACCAUAGAAGGAACCUUCACAGGCAACUGGGAGGAUGGGAUCAAAAUCAAUGGAGUCCUUCAGAAAGGCAUUGGCUCUCCUGAUGAAGAAAACAUUCCCAUAUCAUUUGGAAAGCUGAGUGUGAAUGCUGACCAGAAAUGGACAGCUGUAGUGAGGCACUGCCAAGAGCAACUGGGCAUGUGUUCAGGCACUGAUAUUACUACACCCAAGGUGUGGGAGACACUGGCUAUGAGGCUGGAGCUGGAGAAGCAAGCAUCACAGCGCCACGGAGGAACGCCAGACCUUCUGGAUGGUAUUGAUAGGAUCCCUGACACAAGAGAUGAACUCACCUAUACAUUCUUCAUGGAGAUCCAUGCUUAUCUUGGCAAGGCUUUUGGCAAUCGACUUCAUCCACUGGGCCAACUGCUGCAGUCCCUGGUUGAUGCCUUCAGGGCCACAUAUGGUGGGGUGGUGGCUCAUUCCCGCCUGCUGCCAUAUGCUGUGCAGGAGGUUCGGUCAUUCACAUCAAGGCUGUACCAAUUGGUGCGUGUGCUGUUCCCCAUAUUACCUGCUGAGGGGGAGAAUGUCCUGUUGGAGCCAGACACUGAUGACCAGGAGGAAAUUGUGGUGACUCCAGCCUUUGUGAUCCAUCCUUGGCUGCUGCCUCACAUGUAUUCCCCUUUGUCCACUCUGUAUGUACUGCACCAUCAACAUAAGGAUGAAGAAUACUGGCGUCGCCUCCUCAAGUGGAACAAGCAACCAGAUAUAGCACUCAUGACCUUCCUCGGAGUGGACGUGAAAUUUUGGUUGCCUGAAGGAGCCAGUCUGGUAGAAUCCAGCCGUACUCUGGGAACUCUUAAAGAUCAGCAUUUUACAGAAGCUAUCGAGACUCUGCAGAUGCUGUCCACGUCAUUCAGUCCCAGAGACAAGCUCAACCUCAUCCAUCGCACCUUCCAGCUAGUCAGCAAGGCUGUCAUGGCCAAACUGGGAAGUAACUACCUGUGGAGCAUGGACGACCUGUUCCCAGUGUUCCAGUAUGUGGUGGUGCGCUCCCGCAUCCAGCACCUUGGGGCAGAAAUUCAACUGGUUGAUGACCUCUUGGAUCCCCAUAUGCAGCAUGGGGAGUUGGGCAUCAUGUUCACCACACUCAGGGCUUGUUACUACCAAAUUCAGAAUGAAAAACUCACUCACAUGCUUUAAGGAGCCGAGGUUUCAUGGUAUGAGCUGUGACCUUCAACAAGAACGUGUUGCCAUGACUGGAGUGUGUAAGUUGUCGUUACCCAAGUGCCCUCCAUUGAAUUACCUAAUGCCUCAGUCCAAAGCAGAAUUAUUGCAGUAAUCAAUGGGAUUAAGGUAAAUGCCAGGGUGUAAUUAAUGGCCUUUGGCUGUGUUGCUGCAAUCACAGCUUAUGGCUGUUUGUGUCUGUCCUGAUGUAUCUUAGGUAAAUGUAUAGUGGGAAAAAUUCCAUCAGUAUUAAUCAAAUGUUUGAAUAUUGGAGGAUAACAUAAAGGUAAACAUUAUUAUCCCCUGCACGGAAAAGGUAAUGUUUUAUGUGUAUAUGUAAUCUAGAAAUCAUAUCCCUUCUCAAUAUUUAAUAAAAUAAGACAAAUCAAAGGGUUUAUACAGAGAUGUUAAUAUACUCUCAUAGGAUACAAACUUUAGGGUACAAAUAUGUUUACUGUAAAAAAUAUGCAUAGAUUUUGGCCCUCCUUUGUACAUUUUAAAGUAGUGAUGUUAAGAUGCAACCCAUGCCACUGCAUUUGCUCACAGUUACAUUUAAAGCCAUAUCAUUUCAUCAGGACAUAGUAUUCAUUGUAUUUGGGGGAACCAAACUGUUGUAGGUACAUGUUUGAAUAUGUAUUCACUAUUCAUUGUAUGGAAUAUAAAGUUUCCUCAUGUUGAUGAUCUAUAAGUGAUGCUACCACUGAUGUCAUUGGUAUUUGCUUUUAGAUUUGGUUUAGCUUAAGAAAAAAUAUACGAACAUUUUGCACCAUAAUUUCUGAACUUGAGACUGGUGUUGUAAACUUUAUGCUGGAACAUACAUGGCUGUUACCUAAGCUUACCUCUGUUCUUUCUUUACAGGAAAAUAUUUUUUUAUUAAUGUUUUAAUGUAAGUUAUAUACUGUGUUGCAUUAGUAUGUGUAAAGAUUAUAGCAUAUGUUUAUGUAAGUUUGUUACAGAGUUUAUAGAAUUAAGCACAAAAGUAUGCAUCUAUGAUUUUUUUUUUUUUUUUUUUUUUUCCUUCUUACAAUUUGAGAUUGCUCCAUGAUUUAUUAUAUGCAACCACUGAUCUGAUAUUACUUCUUGCAACCUCUUUCAAGCAUAAUAGUAUCUUGUACUAAUUUUGUUGAAGUUUCUUAAAAUGCAAAAUACUGCAUGAUACUUGAAAGAAAAAGACAAAUAUAGCCUGGGUCUCUAUGAUGCUAAAAAAAGAGAUGAAAUGCACCUUUAUUUGAGGUUAAGGAGGGAAGCAUCAUGAACACAAGCCUGCACACUGAAAUCACCUUAAGCAAUACUCUGCAUUCUUCAUCAGUCUCAAAGGCAUGGUAUGAUAUUAGGUUUGCCUGUCUAUCCACAUAUCUAUCCACCUAUACCUCAAUCUAUUUCUUUGUAACCCCAUCCAUCUAUCUAUCUGUCCGUCAGUCUUUCUAUCUGUCUGUAUCUUUCCAUUAAUCUACUUGUCUGUCUAUCUAUCUAUCUAUCUAUCAACCUACCUACUGACCUAUCUAUCCAUCUAGUUUUCUGUUUAUAUAUCUACCCAUUUAUCUGACUAUCCAUCUACCUUUGUUUAUUUGCCUAUCUGGCUAUCUUAAUAUGAUUUUCUUUUUCUAUCCACAUGCCUAUGUAAACAUUUAAGUAUGUAUGCAUAUUGGUAGGUACCUAGGUGUAUGUACAUACUAAUCUUUUUAUACCUAUUUGUCUGUAUAUCUACCUGGUGAGUAUGUGACUUCUUACAGUAAUAUAUUCCACUGAUGAAUUGCUUCUUUUGGAAAGCUGAAUUUCCUCACAUCUUCCUUUAAUCUUUUCUGAUUUAAUUUCUUGCUGUUCCCUCUUGGGUGUCUAUGCGAGUUUGUCUGUCUCUGCCUUUCUCCCUGCCUGCCUGUGUUUGUCUAUCUAUCUAUCUAUUACUUUAUAUCUAUGUUAAUCUAUAGCUAUCUAUCUAUAUUCAAUGACACAUAUCCUUACAACUCCCUCAGAGGAUUGCCAUGGUAAAAGGACCUCCAAUGUCUUUUUUGUGUGAUCCAGUCUUAUUCUCCACUUCUCAGCUUUCCUCACAUGUAAAUAAUUUAAAACUGCCCUCCCACUUUUCAGCUGACAUUUCCUUUUCCUCUCCUGUUAUUUGUUUGUAACCCCUGCACCCAAUAUUAAACCAUUUUUUAUAAUCAAAACUCAUAAUGUGUAAUAGAAUAGCUGAACUUAAGUACUCUAGGAGCAAAUCUUGAACGAAACUGUUGUGAUGCAAGCUUUAAGUUGUUUUAUCAUGAGCUAUCUGUUUUGCCUCUUGACAUAAUUUUAUUGUAUAUUAUAUUACAACAGAAUGUGAUAUUUGUAAUAAGUUUCCUGUUGGAGAAAGAACAGUGGCAAGCAUGUAUUUUUAGGGAUGUAACUUUGUCCUUGUGAUGUGCACUUGGUCCCUUUUUUCUACUGAACUAUAGUUGAUGAAAUGUGUUUACAAAUUUGGUAGACUGAAUCAUAAUAUCUUGAUUUACAUUUGGUUACUCUGUAGCCAUGAUGAACUAGUCUCAAGGGAUAAGCCUUUUUUCAGUUUUAUAGAGGAAGGUAAACAGCUAUGUUUGUUCUGUUGUUAACAUUAAUAGAUAUAUAUUUAUACUAAGACUACUUAUAUGUAUUUGCAUAUACUUUUUGCUUUGUUAUAUAUUUAAAACACAGUAAUUCUAUCUCUUUUUGUUACUUAUCUUAUUCCUAAUUAAUUGUAAAACCUUGUCAGUUGCUCUUUUUUUGUGUGUGUGUGAACUCCAAAAGAUAAUUUGCUUUUUAAUUAAGUGCUUUCCAAUAUUCCUUAUUUGUCAUGAUCCUAAACUCAUGUUUUUUAUCUUUCUGGCAGCUGUUGAUGAUAAGAUAUACAUACACAUCUAUUGUGUGUCUUUCUGCAUAGGAAUAUGCUUAGAUGCAGAUAUUUACCCAGUUAUGCUAUACAAGAAAUGAGCUAUGCUUUUGGGGUCCCAUCUUUGUGUCUCAAUUAGUCAAACUUAGUUGUAAACUCAUUUAAGUUUUUGUACUAGACUAUUUCUUUGUCCAUGUUUUUCUACAGCUCAGUGCUUCUUUAUGGAAAAUUGUAUUUCUUGACAUCCUUCAAGCAACUAGUCCUCUUCAAUUUCUAUCCUUGUCCUCUUCAAAUUCUAUCCAUGUCAUUUUACUCCCUCAUCCCAAGCAAAUAGAUCGCUAUCAGUUUUGUCUUCUCCCUUCAUUGCCCUGAACACUGCAGUCAUAGGUGACAAAUUAUCCUGGACUUGCACUCCCAGGUUCUUCUCUCUCACUUUGGUGAUUUGAUCCUUUCCUAUUAUCUCCUUCUCCUACUCAGUGGUUCAUGCCUCCAACUUCAUAUUAAAUACGGUAGGCUCGUGUAGUAGGAAUUUGUAUAGUAGGAAUACACGUUCUUAUGGAAAAAAUGGUAUAUGGGUGGCACUGCCCUGACUGACUGACAUUUUUUGUGCUGCUGCCUCCCUUGGCAAGCAUCACACGGCUACGCCCUCGCCACAGGACACCAAGAAGGCACAUGUACUAUAUGUGACGUAAACUAGACAUAAUGCCAUACAAAAUCUUGGAUUGACUGGCAAUGAGUUGUGGAGGAUGAGAUUGUGGCGUUGUGGGCGGCGGGGUAGUCAAAGGAAAGUGAGAGGUGCGCCAUGUGCUUUCCACAGUGCCCUUACACGUUACUGUGCUUACUCUACAUUUCCAUCUCUUGUUUCUGUAAUUUUGUUUUGUUUUGUCUGAAUUACUGGAGUGUUGGCGUAGUGUGGUGAUGGCGGUGAGGCAUCACCAUUUGUAAACAAACCAAAGUAUGAGGUGUGCCAUGCGCAUUCCACAGUGCCCUUCCACAUGUUAUUGUGUUUACUCUACAUUUUCAUUGCUUGUGUCCAUUUACUUCUGUAUUUUUUUUUCUGACUGACUAAGUGUCAGCAUGCUGUAGUAGUGACAGUGAGGCAGUGGGUGUGGCAAAGCUUGUAGAUAAACUAAGAAAAGUAUGAAGUGCGCCCUGCACAUUAACAAUGGCCUUCCACACGUUUUUGUGUUUGUUUUACAUUUUCAUUGCUUGUUUAUGUUUCCUUCUGUUUUGUUUUGUCUGACUGACUGGAGUAUCAGCAUGGUGUGGUAGUGGGUAAACAAACAAAAAUAUGAGGUGUGCCAUGUGCAUUCCACAGUGUCCUUCCACAUGUUAUUGUAUUUAUUUUACAUUUUCAUCACUUGUUUCUGUUUUUGUGUCUUGUUUUGUUUUGUUUGAAUGACUGGAGUGUUGGCAUGGGUGCAGAAUUUGAUAAUUCCUUCAUUCCUUGCCUCCACCUCAUGUACUAUGGGUUUAUGGAUUAUACUUUCAGGUCCAUGCGUAGUAAGCGUUUUGUGCAAAAUGCGUGGCUGCUGUAAUGCCCCUUCAUAUUGUAAUUCUUAGGUUAUCCUCUCGGACACUUUUUUCACAUAUGCCACUCUUGAUAGACAAAAUCCAAUACACUGUUCUUUGUUUCAGAACCUCAACUUUAGACACUUUUUUCACAUAUGUCAAUCCUGAUAGACAAAAUCCAAUACACUGUUCUUCAUUUCAAAACCCCACAAAGUUGCAUUCAUCCAAAUGUAAAUAUUGAUCAGCUGCCAUCCUCUACCAUGGCAUCUAAUGGUACAGUACAAAAAUUUAAGCUACAGCUAUGUUGUAAUCACACUUUGACCAAUUUUACCAUCUUUUUUCUCCCUAAUGUUAGAUGGGACCACCACUUAAGCACUCAUCUCACUUAAAUACAAUGGGUUGGCCUCCUUUUCACCCCUAGAUUGGCGAUAUUUCCCACAAUUGGAGGAGACCACUGCUGCUAGUGGUGUGUAUGGUUGUGUGCAUGUGUGUGUGUGUGUGUGUGUGUGUGUGUGUGUGUGUGUGUGUGUGAAAUAAUUAUAAGGUCUCAGCAAUUUAAUGAUAUAAUAAUUAUGGUGACAAAGAUUAUUUAGAAUGAAGAGUUUACCCACAACAGUUUUGUAAAAACACCUUCCAAAGUUAACCUACAAAUCAUGGGCCCAUGGCUGUUAGAUGCAAUAAAUUUCAGCAUGUCUGGAGACUUAUUUCCUAAAAUGUACCAUUAUUAGUUCCUCCAGUUUCCAUCCCUAAAAAAAGGGGGGGAGGUAAUGAAUAGGUGACUUGAAAAUGCCACUUAUCUGAGUAGGUGGUGAAUGUAACUUCUCGUACAUGCUUUUACCCUGUUCACCUAGACACUCACUGUGAGCAUAUUAUGAGGCAUCAGUAUGUGUCAGGUCUCCCUUGAGCUGCUAUUAUAGUGUAUUAUGAUGAUUUUUGUGAAAGUUUCAUGCUAAAGGAUGAAGGAAAAUCUUGUCACUGAAAAUAGACAAAAACUUCAGUGUACUGACUGUUUGGUGAUGGCUCACCUUAGCCUUCUUAGAUUUACUUUUCUGACACAAAGAUACACAUGACUUCCACUAAUGAGCUUUUCCACCUUUUAAACUAGUAAGGAAGCUUGGAUGGUCAUGUGUAGUUGGACCACUGAGGGACAGAGUUGUCACCAACAUUGUGGUUGUGCAUUUCAUAACUUUUCAUACAGGAGGUAACUUUCAACAGGUCAAGAUACAAAGUCAAAAUGUUUGCAAUUAUGGAAAAAGUAGCAGAAAAGUUAUUGGAUUUUGUCAUGCAUUAAAAAAAAUAAAAAAUAAGGCUUCCUAGUUCUAGGUAAUCUUAUGAAUUAAGAGCUGCUUAAUAUGUUAAAUAUAGUCAAUGAUGAUGAUGGUGAAAGUGGUUGUGAUGACAGAACAAGCUGAAUGAUCAUUUUAAGACAAUUUUGGAAAAUGAUGUUUUACAGACCUCAUUUUUUUAUUUUUUGAAAUGUGGGCACUUGCUACCAUAAUGAAUUCCUCAGUCUGUGAACUUAAAUGAAAAAAAGAAACUAUGAACCAUGGAAAAUGUAGGAAUCCAGUUUGUGUUGUAUAACAUGAUAGUCUAGUAUAGUAGUAGUAGUUUCCAUGUUAGUCAGGAAAACUUUCUUGGCAGUUCUAAAAGCCUGAUUCCUAGUGUGCACAGUCAUUCUUGGUCAAUAUCUGUAUCUGAAAGUGUGGAGCAGUGCCUUUCUUGGUUGAACAGCACGAAGGUUUUAUUACCGUAUACCUUUGUCUCGAGUCAACCUUGUCUCAAAUCAGUCAUUUAGCAUGUUUUGAGAAUAAUAUAACACCUACAUAUCAGCAUAUUUUCCAAUAUAGUGAAAUAUUAUAAAUGUGUGCAAUGAUGAAUUAAUGAUGUCAGUUUGUUGGAUGACCAUGUAUAUAGAUGACAUGUUAUUUCAUCAGCCUGAAAAUAAUGUUGAGAUCAUAUUGCCUACUUGUUUGAAAUGGAAAAGAUUAAACAAAAUUGGCAUUAAUAUUUGAAAACAUUAACUUUUUUUUCCUAUAUUUUGGUGCAUAAUAUUAUCAUCACCUCUCCAACUCACUCAUCAAUCUAAAAAUUAUUAGUUUCUUUGAAAUUAUGAUUUAUGAUUCUUAACUUCAAAAUGCAAACAUGCAUUGCCACUUCCUUGCAUUGCGUGGUUGUAAAAUUGUUUCAAAUUUAUGAAAAAGCUAAACAUUCAUGUAGAUUGUAGAUUAAUGUAAUGCAGUUGUGCAUUGAGUUUUGUGCUUAAUCACUACCACAAAAAGUGUGCAAAACCUGAACCUGCAAAAGUUGGGGCACUGAUCUGAUAGGAAAAGGAUAUUUAUGGGCUCACCUGAAAACUUUCCCACAUACCUUUUCACUAAAAAACUCCCUACUGCUUAAUAUACUAAAUAUAUAGGUAUCCAUUACAAAAUAAGAAUGAGUUCAGAGAUGUGAGAGGUGGCAAGAGCAGAAAACCUACACGACAGGUGUUGUGGACAAUGAUGCAAGGGAGGAGAUUGGAAAAGCAAGGAGGUCUUUGCUAUGACCACUGAUCACGUGGUCUGUGCAUGUGCCAGCGUGAGUUCUUAGUCUUGGUAGUGAACUGCUCUUGUAACAUCUCAGUUGCUAAUUUAGAGGAAAUGGGUUACUGUCUGUGAGUGGGUUGCAAUAGACAAGGAGGUUUGUUUGGUUUGAAAGAAAUUAAAGUGGAUUAGCUUUAGUUUGCAUGUAAACAUGGUAUGGGAGAUAUCAGUACAUGAGCAAGUCAGCACCAAACCUAUGACCAUACACUGGUGUAUGUGCAGAUGAGACUAUCAGCAGCUGAGGCCAUGUCAAGGCCAAGCCCUCUUCACUCACCCAAUUGCUUCCCUUCCAUCUUUGUUUACAACACCUUGUUGGCAUUUUCACAAACUGGCAAAUGUGCAGCAAUUUUACAAAACGAUGAAUCAGAUAUUCGUCAAUUAGUCAAAACAGUGAUGCAGAAUAAUAGUAAUGUUUGACAAUAGCAAAUGCCUGGAACAUGAAAGGUGUCUGACUUGCAUUUCAUAUCUAAACUGGUUAAAGACUUGCAUGUUGUCAAUGUCCAGGUGGUAUUAUCUUAGUAACUGCUAAAUUUGCAUAUUCACCAGUUUGUGAAAACCCUGGCUAAGUUUUUCUACUGGUGGCACUUCUCGCAUCUUUGAACUUGUUUUUCUUCUGUAAUGGCUACCUGUGCAUCUCAUGGUGUGGAAAGUGAUGAAGGAGGAAAUUUGUACUAGUAUCUUCAAAAAAGGCCAGCUAGACUCAAUGCAAGUGUUAUUACCAAAGAACAGUGGUAUUAAGACUCAGAAGCUUCGCUCACCAACAUCAACGCAUGUACAGAUGAGGUGGCUGGUAGCCACAAAGAAAUCAUUCCUGAUUAAGUGGACACUAAGAAGAGUCCUAAUAGCAUAAAAGAUGGCAAUGAAGUGAUGAUCAGCUUUGCAUCUUUGCAUGAAAAGCUGAUACUUUACCAUAAAAGUAUAAUCAUGAAAUAUUUUAGAAUUGCCACAAAAAGAAGAUAAUGAAACAAUAUGCUGUGAAACUUGAUGCACCACUGUAUUUGUAAUGCAAAUUUUACUUAUCUAUAUAGUUGACUAAGGUAUAAAUAGGUCACUUCUGAACGAUUCUGCUGUAAAUUUGUUUUGAAUAACUAAUGAUUUCAGUUUGUGAUGAAAUUUCUAAAGGAAAGUAUGUAUUGAUAUCACAUCCUUUGUAAUGAUGAUCCUAGAUCUGCAUUUAUUGUGAAAUGGAGAACUAAGAAUAUAAAAGGAAUAAACAAGUGAUGCAAUAAAUCAUAUAUGUAUGUGUGUGCAUGUAUGUGUGUGUGUUGCUGUUAUGUACUAAUAUUGUGGAGUUCUAGUAUGCUCUGACUGUCAGCUACUUGUUCCUGGCUGGCUCUGGUGUGAUCUCAUAGGUUUGAGUCUCUGUCUACUUUGGAUUAUUGUAGAUAGAGAAGAGGCAUAUAUUGAGGUGAUGUGUAGACAGAAAAGGAUGCCAGACUCAGGCAGAUGGUGACUUACCCAAAAGGACAGAAGCCAGACUACAACAAACCCUAAUAAGGAGAACAAAGGCACUACAAGACUCCUAAGCUGUAAUCAUUGUAGUGCUACCAGGAAUAAAGCCCAUCAUUUAU